AUGGAUGACGAGUUAACUAUACAAUCUAUUGGAAAAAACUUUUCGACUGAAGAGCUUUUAAGACUUUUGGCCUAUUUCGAAGGCGAAAUCCAGGCUCGUGAUAUCGUAAUAGCUACUUUGAAGUCAGAAAAAGCGAAGCAAUUAUUGCAUGAGGCCAAAUAUGGACAACUUGCUGGAAGCAACCCAAUUAAAGCUCUGCAACGUGACUCCGGUUUUACGGAUGAAGGAAAUGAAGUUGAUGAAUCUGCAAUUGGACGCAUGUAUGAAACCCAAUUGAUGCAGCUGGAACGUUUAAUCACUGUGCAGCGGCGCUGUCACAAUCACUCUAAACAGAUCCUAGCAGCUACAGAGAAGCGGCAUGCACGAAUUUUGCGAGAGUUAGAUGAGGAAAAGCAACGUUCUGCAGCGGAUGCUGCACAGGGCGAUGAUCUUUGUGUUCUUCUUGAAAAUGAACGGACUCGCCUUCGUCAACAACUGGAGUAUGAGCAAAAGGAAGGUGAAAAAGCUCAUAAGGAAGUGGAAAGAUUGGAAAAAAAGUUAAGGGAUGAACAAGAACGUCACAAGUCGAUGGUGUUGUUCUUGGUAAAUGAACGGAAGCAAAUGUUAUUUGAAGUACAUGAGCUAAAAGUUCAAAAUGGCCGCGGUUCUUCCUGCGCUCAGGAAACAACAUUGUUUGCAGAGAUGCGAAAGGAAGUAACUGCCCUGCGCUCGGAAAGGGACCAACUGCGUACAGCUUUGGAUGCAGCUCUUUCCGAAGUGCAGAUCCUCAGAGAGGUUGCAAGAAAUCAAGAGGAGGAUUUGUCCUUCAUGUGUACCGAUAUACUUGCUAACACGCGAAGUUAUGCAAAUAAUUUACGAUUUUCGGACGACGGUUCUGUGGUUGUAGCUAAUAAAGGUGUUUCAAACGCUUUGUCACCGUCAAAAAAUCCGGCGCCAGGCUUAUUGCCCGUAGCCAGCGAUCUGAAGCAUCCAGUACGACCCCGACUCACAACUUCCUCAACCUUUCCAGCAAGUAACCGGAUUCCUCAGAGUCGUGUUCCUUUCCGAGCACCAUCUCCUCUAUCAGUCUCAUCAACCGUUCCACUCUCUCCCGCGAAGAAAGGACAACAUUCUACAACAGCUGCACGGCCGAUAGCACUGUUAACAGUACGUGGUAAUAAUUAUUCGUCAUCACGUGAUCGCGAGAGGAUGUCAAAUUCAUCAGAUUCGUCCGAAAAGAUGAAAAAUGCAUAUUCAGCUGAGCCUGAAAUUGAGCAUUUGGGUGCAGUGAUCGAAUCAAUGAACACAAGUAAGCGAAGCGCUUCUUUGCCACGAAACGGCAAAAAUGGGGUUAUCGUUGGAUCACAGGCACGUAAACCUGUUCCAUCGAAACAUGCUAUCACUGCCAAACGUAGUACAAUUUUCAAAGCUCUCGGUGUAACGACACGAAAUGACAGGAACGGCACAUAA